AUGAACGUCGCAUCCAACGUCAGCUUGCUCAAGCUCAAACUACUGGACUGUCUGAGGAGCUCAGACAGAGAUAAGUUACAGGAGCUUUUUAGUGAGUGCCAGGCGGUGAACCCGCCUGACCCGCAGGUGGCGCUCCUGUUGCACCAGAUCCUCAUAUUUGCUGUGCAGGUGGCCCCCUUGUCCAUAAUAGAGUACAUCGUCCAGCGGAAACUGGUGGACGAUAUCAAUGCUCAGGACGACCAGGGGAACACGGCGCUGCACUACGCCGCGGUGUCGUCGCGAAACGACGUAAUCACGUUUCUGAUGGGCCAGGAGGAUAUCAACGACUGCAUUGUCAACAAGCAGAUGAAACAGCCCAUCGAGUGCUCCUCGAAUAUGGAAACGGUGCAGCUGCUUUCUGACCUCCGGACAAAAUUCGUGGAAACCAAGGCGAACGAGCUGAGAAGCGCUUUUGAGGCACGCAAAUUCGACGUGCUCGAUAGGCUGUUGAGCAAUCCUCGGGUCAAGAACCUGCUGGACAUCAACGGAACCGAUCCGGUCACAGGAGACACUGUGUUGCUGGAGUUCAUCAAGAAAGACGACAUUGAGAUGGUCAAGUUUAUUCUGGAGCACGGAGGAGACCCGUUCAAACGGAACCUCAGUGGCAAACUCCCCAUUGACUCUGCUGUGUCGUCCCCGAUGAAGAAGCUGCUGAAAGAAUCGUGCAACCAUCAGACCAUGAUCGAUCCUACCAAUCAGAGCGGACAGCUCCACUCAGGCCCGCCAACGUUCAAGGGAUUCUUGAAGAAGUGGACCAACUUUGCCGGCGGCUACAAACUGAGAUGGUUCAUUCUGGACGCAGAAGGAAGACUUUCCUACUACACCUCUCCGAACGAUAUUUAUAACUCCUGCCGCGGUAUGAUACAUCUAGCAAGCGCUCAGUUGCGCAUGGACAGCUCUGAAAAGUCCAAGUUCGAGAUUAUCAUCAAGAACAGGGGUAACAAGGCAUCUCUCAAAUGGCACCUCAAGGCCAAUCAUGUGAUAGAGACCAACAGAUGGGUCUGGGCACUCCAAAAUGCAAUCCGCUACGCUAAAGACCAGGAGCGUCAGCAGCGUGCGAUUGCUGCAGAAGAACAGCAACGGGCCAAAAAAACUGCAAGAAAUAGAGAGAGCUUUGAGUCUACCCGGUCGAACAGCACACAAAACAUAGGCAACCGUGGAUCGUACAACGACCAGUCCACAUCGCCAAUCACGGCGCACCAAAGAACAUUUUCCAACGCUUCUUCAGUCUCCAUAUCGUCAGAUGAUGAAGGGUCUGGCUCUCUGUCUUCCAGAGACAACAAAUCGUACAAGAAACCAAUGCGAAAACUUUCCAAGCUCACCAAGAGAAACAAGGAUGUGCUUGCACUUCCUGAAAUCAAGGAAAACGCGGAUCUGAAGCUGCCUGCGAAGAAAGAUCGCUCGCCUUCGAUUGUAUCGCUUGGGUCAAGUGGAGAGGCAGGUAGUAAAAUCACUGUCUCUUCUGUGGCUGAUGACGAACGCGACACGGACCUUGACGAAGAGGAUAGCAGUGAACACACCAAUCCCCGCGAUAGCAGUUUUGCCGAUGGUGAGGAUAUCAUUGCUCCAAACCUGAGCAACUCAGAGCUUGCAGUGAGCAAAAACCAGAUGAUGAUCGAGCUGAAAUCGUUCGGCGAGUUUUUGACUGCUGCAGAGUCUGACGAAACCGUUUCCAAGGGACAAGUGAUCGAAGUGGCUAUGACAAUUCUUUCCAGUUUGACGAGUCUUUCAGAAACACAGUCGGAUCUCUUGAGGAAGUACGAGAGCAAGUUCGGCAAGAUUAUUGAGAGACAGCAAGAGAUCUCCAAAAUUUGGGAGAACACCCUCAAACGUUUGGAACUGGAGAUGCUGUCGCGCGAGCAGAAGAUAGUGGAGCUCGAGGAUAAGCUUCAUGUGAUCAAGAAGUCUCUCAAGAACAAUCCGGGGAUCAUACAGGCCGUCACCGAGGUUGCGCCUAACGACACGGUGAAGGAGAAUAUUGUCAAUGUCGAAAGCAAGAGCCCAGAACAGAUCAGACAAUUCUUGGCGGAGGACGAGGAGUCAGAUGACGAGUUUUUCGAUGCUGAGGACGAUGGUCCCGAGGAGGACGUUGACGAGCAGGCCACUGCUGCGACUGAGACAACCGCGGUUGCAAGUUCGGAAGAAAACAGCAAGAGCCAUGUUGCUGUGAACGGUUUCGAGCUGACAAGUCCAAAGCAGCUUGAACGACUCGAAAAGAUCAACCGGGAGGAGACGUUCAAGGGCUACGAGGAUCCUAUCAGAACCACGCUGAAGAAAGAAGAUAAUAGACCCAAAAUCUCGCUGUGGAGCGUUCUGAAGUCCAUGGUGGGAAAGGAUAUGACCAAGAUGACUCUUCCGGUUGUUUUCAACGAACCGACCUCGCUCUUGCAAAGAAGUGCCGAGGUUCUGGAAUACAGCUCGCUUCUAGACAAGGCUGCCACGAUUGACGAUUCUCCUACAAGAAUGAUCUACGUCGCUGCCUUUGCUGCUUCGGAGUAUGUGUCCACGGUGGGCCGUAUUGCUAAGCCGUUCAAUCCACUGCUCGGAGAAACUUUUGAGUAUGCCCGUCCGGACCAAGGUUACAGGGUGCUGGCCGAGCAAGUGAGCCAUCACCCUCCGAUCUCUGCACUUAUAGCUGAGGCUCCAUCGUGGUCGUAUUACGGAGAGUCCAACGUGGAUACCAAGUUUCUGGGCCGCUCUUUUGACAUCAAACAUUUGGGUACGUGGUACGUGGAUUUGUAUCCCGGAAAGGGUGUUGUGGACCAGAAGGGCCAAAGGAUGGAUCACGAAACGUAUUCCUGGAAAAAGAUUAGGAACUCUGUCAUAGGUAUCAUCAUCGGAAAUCCAACCAUUGAUAACUAUGGAGAAAUGGAAAUUAGAAACCACACCACUGGCGACUACAUGAGCUUCAAUUUCAAGCAACGAGGUUGGAGAGCUUCCAGCGCAGGUGAGGUCAAGGGCGAGAUUUACACAAACGACGGUAAGCUCAAGUACACGGUUGGCGGACAUUGGAACUCGAAAAUAUACGCCAAGGACGCAACCAAGCCCGAUGCCGCAAAGUUCCUGGUUUGGGAAGCAAACGAAAGAACAGAGAUGAUGUUCCAUCUCACAAACUUUGCGGCCUCGCUGAACGCGCCCCAGCCUCAUCUUCUGCCCGUCAUUGCCUGCACAGACACAAGAUUGCGUCCUGACCAGCGUGCGAUGGAGAAUGGCGAAUACGACCUGGCCAGCUCCGAAAAGACGCGCGUGGAAAACAAACAGAGGGCGGCGCGGAAACAGCGCGAGCUGUCUGGCGAAAAGUACCAGCCUACAUUUUUCGUCCAGGCCAAGCAUCCGGUGACGGGCGAGACGUACUGGAAGUACAAGGACAACUACUGGGUGCCUCGCAAAGAAGGAAAGCUGAGAAAUUAUAAAGACAUCUUUUAA